AUGUUUGAGGGUCUUGAGGAGUAUUCUUUCAAGGUACUCGCUAGACAUCGGGGCAAUUUGAGUCAUAUUUCGUGCGAAUUUGUCAGCCAUGCCCGAGUGCACGUCAAAAUACGUCCAGUUCGAUCAGACAGUCCUCAAAUUUCUGCUAAUUUGCUCACGGAUAUUCAACAUCCCGGUGCUGCAGGAACAGUCUAUGCAGCCGUGACAGUAAAGUCCUUCGGUGAUCCCCAAAAUACGCAACUGUCUAUACUCGAACCCGAAGCAGCAGCCUUCUUCGAGCUCGUGCAAGUUGGACAGCAACGGGAAUGGUUACUUCAACUAAAGUCUCAAUUCCAAAUGCUUUCCUUAAAUUCACGAAUUAGAGUUACUCUUGAGGCUGUUGACACCGAAUUUGCUUCCAUAAGAAACAUUCCAUCGACCAGUCGGCUCUUCUUGGAUGUGGAACUUCUCCCACGGUCUGUAUUUCAAAUUCGUCUGCCUCAAGAAAUUCAAAUUUUUGUUAGUGAAAUCGCCCUUGUCAACUCCACAGUUUACGUCAUCAAUCCACACCUCGACUUUCAUACUCACAAUUCGAGCUUCCUGUUCUCUCACUCGACAAAGGAUAAUGAGUUACCUUUCAGCAUAACGGAAACGGGGGCGGUUGUUGUGACUAAGCCUAUUGAUUUGGAGGCUUUGGGCACUGACCGAGUCGAGAUAACAUUUACAGUUGCCGAUCGGAAUAACAUCCUCUUGAGCAGCAUGGUUGAUUCGAAGCUUGUAAUCAUUGUUCUUGAUUAUAAUGAGCACGACCCCGUAAUUUCCAACAGCGGUGCUGAGCGAUCAAUUCUAGAGUCUUUUCCAGUCGGAGGUGAGGUUUUGCAUAUCGAGGCUCAUGAUCCCGACUUUUCAGCCACACGACUCUCUUUUACUCUCUUUGACGAGGACAAGCUGCCAUUUAACUUUUCAACUUCAAAGGUGGGUUCAUUGCUUUUAAAGACACCUCUUGAUGCCGAAACAAUGCCAGCUGAAUUUCAUGUUAAAGUAAAAGUAUCCGACUCGGGUUUCCCUUUUCCACGGAGUGUGAUAGUUAUCUAUGUCAUACGAAUUCUUGACGUAAACGAGUUUAGCCCCGUGUUUGUGGAAAAGUCGUGUGAUGCCCGGUUGGCCGUCACGCCGCAUGGACAGGUUCAAGCCAUGGCGCCAUCGGGUCUGGAACUAGGGCGCUUCUUUGCCGAGGACCUUGAUCGAGAGGGGGGUGUCGCUGUACGAAUUCAUUUGGCGUCUACGACUCUAUCUAAACCUUGUUUUAAAAUCGAUUACGAUACUGGGCGGCUGGUUCUUAUUUGCUCGAACGUUGGUCUUCCAGAAAGCACUGUGAGUGUCUACCUCGAAGCUACCGACGGAAGUCGCAAGUCCGAACAACUUUUUGAGUUAAAAAUCAGCCUGGAGAAGGCAGGUUAUGGGCGCGUUUAUUCCAAGUCCUGUCAACCUUCAGGUAUCUACGAAAAGGUGCAGGAGCAAAAGCGGAAGCGAACUAAUUAUGAGUAUCUUCUGACUGACUUGACAAGCAUUGAUAGCUUCUUCAAAAAACAUAAUGAAAUUGCUACACCAAUUUUAAGCAUUCCAUCUGUUAUAAGAAUUCCCGAAAACCUGCCAAUCGGGACACAAGUUCUUAACUUUGCCGCGAAAUUCAUCGAUCCUUUUAAAGGAAAUAAGAUUUCCCAAUUAAUCUAUGGUAUUGAAAGUCUGGAAACGUUACUGGCUACCAACACUACGAUGGUGCCUCCCUAUCAGGCAUUUCGUUUGCGCGGAAUAUCAACAUCUGAUGUAUCCGUUGACAAGGAGAUGGUUCUUGAGGUUGCGGCGCCCAUUGAUCGUGAGACAUUUUCGGCAUUCCUGUACUCCAUUCGUGUUUGCGUCCUGCAAGAUUCUCUUGGACCCUGUGCAUCCAGCUCUACCUCCAUCCUUGUUGAGGACUUGCUUGAUGUACCCCCGCGUUUUGUUAUCGACGAGACAAAGACAAGUGCACAUACCUUCUCCGUCUCCGAAAACGAAGCCGAAGGCUCAGUUAUCGGCCAAGUGAUUGCUGUAGAUGGUGAUGUGGAAAGCAAGUUGCGUUUCUCUCUGGGGAAUUUUAAGGACUACUUUAAGAUUCAUCAGCGGACGGGCCAUAUCAGUCUAAAACAAGGACUCGAUCGUGAGCUACUUGAGUCCUAUCUGGUGGCGGUGAGAGUCACUGACAUUCUGGAUCCUCCACCACUCAGCUCACCGUCUGAACUCAACGCCAUGGCAUUGAAUGCAACUCCUGAUUGGGCUCUAGAUCGAACUGCGACUACCUACAUCCGAGUCAACGUCCUCGACACAAACGACAACAGUCCUGUAUUUAUAGACACCUACGGUGAUCUUGUUAUACCCUCCGAUCUCCCCAGGGGCGCCUAUGUAACAACCCUACGGGCGAGGGAUGCCGAUGACGGUAACAAUGCACUUCUACAGUACAGCCUCUUCGGAUCUGAGGCCGACAAGUUGUGCUUCGACUGCAAUCUCGCUACUGGGGUGGUUCGCAUUUCCCCUGAGUGUAAGGCGCUACAGCCCGGACGCACCUACUCGCUGACUGCUUGGGUUCGCGAUCUUGGCACACCUGAGCCUAGACAGACCAGUACUGAGUUCAAGGUAACCAUUCUGGGCUUGAGAGUGAAUGCCUACCCUCCGAGAUUCGAUGCUCCCAGCGGACUCUACCAGGGAAGACUGCGUGAAGGCGCCCCCAUAGGAAGUCAAGUAAUUCAAAUUGACUGCGAUAAACCUCUGCGUAUUGGUGCCUUCGAUCCCGAUGGCUUGCCCGUAGUCUACACGACUGUUGGUGGUAGUGGACUAGGAACAUUCACUGUAACUCCUGACGGUUUUAUUGUUUCAACUCGAGAACUGGACGCAGAAAGUACUCCCUUCUAUGUUGGCUAUUGGUUGGAGCUUUACGCUGAAGAAGACCAGUCAUUAAGCUGGGCUGUUGUCGCCACGGAUGGGACUCCAACCAGACACGCGGUUGCCGAAGUUUUUAUACAGAUAGAUGAUGAGAAUGACAACUGGCCUAUGCCAGACGCACCGGAGUACCGAUUCCACGUGACCGAGGGCACUCCACCCCACACAAUAGUUGCUACGGUGACCGGGGAAGACAAGGAUGCCACGGGACAUCAGCUUCAUCACGCCAUUAUUAGCGGAGACCCUGAUGGUCACUUCAUUAUCAAUCCAUCCACGGGACAAAUUGCCACAUCCCUACGUCCAAUAGACCGCGAAUCUUCCUUCCUAGACGCCCAGGGCCAGCCCGCCGACGAGGUCAAUCUGGUCAUCACCCUCACUGAUAAUGGAUACCCCAGGAGGUCCACACAAGUGCAUGCCACCGUGGUGAUAGAUGACCUUAACGACAACAGUCCGCAGUUUCUCUUCACUGGCGUUGACUGUGCCCAGGAGGAAGCAAGAGGCGGUGGUGGGCAAGAGGUCGAAUGCUACCACUUCUUCUAUCGCCUUGGUGGUGGAGACGUCUGUCUCGAAUCAGGCAUCCGAUGUGUCGAGAAUGCUGAGGCGGUGGAAGGACGAGAGGCGAAGUGGUACGAGGAGGCUCGAAUAGCAAAGGGAUGUGGUAGCAGUGAUGGUGAGAGUUCCGAGUGCUUUGGUCGCGUCUUCGCAGUGGAUCUGGACCGCGGCGCCAACGGCAGCGUUGCCUACGAGAUGGUGCAGCCCAACACAUACUUCUCUGUUAACUCAAUCACAGGACAAGUCUGCUUAACUGGCGUCCCUCUUAUGCACCCCUCUGAGCAUGUCAUUUGGGUGACGGCACGAGAUCACGGUUCUCCUCCACGCUUCACUGCCCAUCCAACAGCAGUCUACGUCUCCUUUCUGCCACCAAUCUCAGAGUCAGCGCUCUCAGGGGAUGAUGGCAUUCACUUCCUCUCAGCCCCACCUCUCAAUUUGACUGUCAGUCCACGAACUCCCCCUGGUACCGUGCUCUACCAGAUUGAAUUGGCCUCUGGAGCUUCAUCUAAAGUCAACUGGACUUUUAGUCUUGUUGAUCUUUCUUCCCCAACACCCUUUGCCAUUGCGACUCUGUUGAGUCACAAGGCGGUCGUCUUCCUCCAGCGGUGGCCGAACACCACUCUUGUCGGAUCUUUUCAUGAAGUAGAUGUCGUUGUCUCCUUUGGGAGCCUGAUUACUACUCGAAAAACGAACAUCUUGAUCGAGCCAUCAGUGCGACAGCCACCGGUUUUCCACACUUCUGCGAUAACUACCGGCAAGCAGGUGGCUCUGAACGUAACGGACUUUCGACUGGAGGAGGAGGCGGGGGAGAGUGGCGCAAGUGGGGUCGCAAUACACCUCGCUGUUGCAGAAUCCAUCCUAGUCGGCAGUGUGAUUUGCAGUCUCACUGAGCCCAACCGUAACCUCUUCGAGUUUGCCGUCGUGGGCGCUGGUGACAAUGACAGUCUUUCACACUUUCACCUGUCAAAGCAUAGUGGAGAACUGACAAUCACCCGUUCUCUGGACUACGAAUCCCAUCAGGAACACCAUUUCCUGAUCGGCCUCUUCCACCCUGGCGAGGUGGGCUCUCGAGGAAGUCACAUUAGUCUGGUGGUGCACGUGAUUGAUGUAAACGAGUUUGCACCGCUCUUCUAUCCACGGGGCCACCUGAUGGCCACCUUGGACACUCCGGUAGGGAGCACUGUGGGGAGGAUCUCUGCCUUUGAUCCGGAUUUCCGUGGAGACGCAAGAACGGGAAUCUCUUACUCGAUUAUUUCGGUCGGAGGCGCGGAAUUCUUCUCUGUCGACCCUGAAUCCGGAGCUCUUCUUCUGGCCAAACCUUUGUGGCCCACACAAUCCGCCUUGUCUUCCUUUGUUCAGUGGCCUCCAACGUACAAGCUGAAAGUAGCAGCCAAAGAUCGUGGCGAUCGUGUCAAUCACACUAUCGUAACAAUCUCGCUGAACGUCGGUCCUGGUGCUUUCUCCACACCACUUCCACGCUUCCGUCAGGCGACUUUUAUCACCAAGGUGACCGAAAAUACCCCUGCAGGUUACAUCGUCACCGUUCUACGGGACUUUCUCGAGACACACCCCCUCGUCCCAAUUGCUUUCCAACUGCUGAACUGUAACGACAAGUUCGCGGUCUCCACCACCUCCGGCAUUCUUGCAACUUUAGCCUCCCUUGAUCGAGAAGCGCAGGAUCUCUAUCGUCUCCAAGUGCAGGUCUCUAGUCUGGAUGGACUGCCAGCUAAACUUCCACACACUGCUGAAAUCGAAGUUCACGUUCUGGAUGUUAAUGAUAACAGUCCACGCUUGAAGUUGCUUUGGAUGACUGGAGUGAUAAUGGAGAACGCGUCAGCCAACAGUCCGGUUGUUGACACAGUAAGUGGGCAGCCACUGGCGCUGCGCCCGGUCGAUCCAGAUGCAGGGUCGGCAGGCGAGGUGAGCUUCCGCUUUGUGGGGCCUGGAGCCGAGAGCCACGCAGAACUCUUCGCUAUCGACUCCGCCAGCGGCACCCUCUACCAGCGCCUUGGUGGAUACGAGUCAAGGGCGGCAAUGAGGCGCCACGCCCUUCUCACCCUCGAAGUGGCGGACCGCGGCAUGCCCCAUGCUCGCACCGCCGACGCGCUAGUGCGUGUGCACGUCCGCCUAGACGACGACACAAAUGACUCACCGCCCUACUUCCCAUCCUCCGCAAAUCCACUCAUCGCCAGCGUUGCCCUACCAACAUACGAGGGCGCCGAGAUCGCACGAUUUACUGCCCUUGACCCUGAUAUCAAUGACUCCGUUACGUACUACAUCGGUGAGGGUGAGAGCAGUGGUUACUUCUCGAUCGACCCCUAUACGGGCAUCCUGCGAGUCUCUUCCCAGUUGGCCACACCAACCGCCGUCAUUCAGCACCAGUUUCUCUUGCGAAUCGAGGCCAGAGACAGCGACUCACUGCACACGGCGACUCACAAUGUCUCCGUGUUCAUCCACUCUCCGGACCUCUCCAAACAGCGACUCGUUAUCGAACCCGCCGGUGGACUCAACGUAACUCUAGUCGAACACUUCUCUGACAAUGGCAUUCCACGAUUCCUAGGCCAACUCCAUGUGCACAACGCCCUUCCAAACGAGAUUUUUAGUUUCGAACUCGCUAAUGCAUCAAUACGCGCAUUUUCCAUCGACCAAUUCAGCGGAGCCCUCUAUGCCACGGGUGAUACCUCGGCCAGCGCGGAGCUGGAUCGCGAGACUAGUCAGGUGGUGCGUCUCCGGGUGCUUGUACGAGAUCGCGUCGUCACAUCGUCGGGCCUAAGGCAGCUUCGCUACGGCGAGGGGCUCGUGAACGUCCACCUGGAGGACAUCAACGAUCACGUACCUGUCUUUGUCGGACUGCCAUACCACGCCACCUUCUGUGUAAAGGAGCAUUUUCAAUCACCGGAACAGUCCAAACUUUCUGAACUGGCACCUUCUCACACUCUCUCCCAACUCCACCAGGCUUGUCAAUCAAACUACUUCAAGGUGGAGGCGAGCGAUCCUGACUUGGGUCGGAAUGGAGCGGUAUCCUACCAGAUAGUGAGCACACAGCCUCAUGCGGAGCCGCCACUGUUCUCGAUCGAUCCCAUGUCAGGUCGAAUGUCACUCAUUCGCGCUGUUCCGGCAGACUGGGCGGGUCGACAGCUGGUAGCGCGGGUGCGUGCCACUGACGGAGGGCAACGCUCCGCGGACGCUGAGGUGAUGGUGCAGCUGGCCGCCCGCCUUGGACCGCGCUUCACAAGCACGCACUACGCCGCCGUCGUGGCAGAAAGCGCACCCCCCGGUGAGUCGGUGACUAGCGUGGUGGCGAUCAGCGCCUCUGCCACCACCCUCAUCUAUCGCAUCGUCUCUCUCAGCCUUGACCACACCGAAUCCAACGUUCAGGAUAACCCUUUCUUUCUGGACUACAAAACAGGCGUUAUACGAGUUUGUGCUCCUCUUGACUAUGAGAAGGCGAAUCACUACAAUCUCCUCAUCCAAGCCCUUGAUACGACAACCGGCAACACUGCUCACGUCAGUGUCUAUAUCGACAUCAUCGAUGUAAAUGAUGAGCGCCCAGUAUUUUCGGCGCCUCUUUACAAGGCCGUGGUCUCCGAGGCGGCGAAAAUAGGUGACGUUAUACCUCUCUAUCCCCCUGAACUGGCAAGCGACGCAGAUUCAGGAUUAAAUGGUCAGAUUCGAUAUUACCUCCAACUUCUAACCGAUGACGAGAUCAAGAUCGGGCAAAACACUUUAGUCCCGGAUCUAGAAAUCGAUCCAAUCAGCGGUGUUGUUCGACUGUCGGGGAAAUUGGAUUAUGAACAACAGCCAUCGUUAACGUUUUGGAUCGUUGCUGUGGACGGGGGAUCACCUCCUCUCUUCGGCAGAUCUAUCGUUGAGCUCUCCAUCCUCGACGCCAACGACAACACACCGAGAUUCGAUGCUGAGUCGAACAGCGAGAAUGGGGCUGGAGAUGGGGCCGAUUCUGGUGCCGCAUGUCACCGCGAUGCAACAGUCGUAAUUGAUGCGCCUACGGACGCCUUCGUGCUGCGCCUCACUGCAUCUGACUCCGAUGUCAACGAUAGUCUAGUUUACCGUCUGCUGCCCUCUGAUAUCGACAUCUUCCGCCUCAAUGCCACCAGCGGCGUCGUCCAUUGGCGCCCUCCGCUCACUUCCUCUGCGGAGGCGCGCCUUACCGCAGCCCUCCUCGCCCACGAGGGCGGCAGCACUUCUCGUCUCUCCUUCGAGAUUGAAGUGUCGGACGGACUUCACAGCGCAACGUGUUGGGUAGAGGUGGAGGUGAUACCGAGUAACCGGCACGCCCCUCGCUUCCCUGUGACGGUGCAGACUGUGCUAGUCCCGGAGGACGCGCAGGUGGGCAGUCGCAUUGCUCUCCUCGCCACUGCCCUCGAUGCCGAUGUUGGGAGUUUCAGUCAUCUCUCCUACCACUUCCUCGCCCGUCUUCCUCAUAUCCCUUUCAGCCUGGAUUCCACGACAGGCGAGGUGACUCUCUCUAUGCCCCUUGAUCGGGAGGAGACCGAGCGCUACUCACUCACAGUUGUUGCUUCAGACUCGGGUGGCCUGUCUGAUUUUAUGCAGCUUGAGGUCACUGUGGCUGAUAUCAACGACAACGCGCCGGUGAUUGAGCAGACUAGAUACGAGGUAACUCUUUCACCAAGUGAAUAUACCGAUGACACCUUGCACCUUGCUUCUGCCAACCGAAUUCACCCGAGAGGUCUGCGUCUGCCCGUGCACAUCCGUGCCCACGAUGCGGACAGCAGUGGUGGUAACGCACGCGUAGUUUACCGUUUGCUGCCGUCUUUGUCGCAUCAUGUUGCAUCCGCCGCUACCGACGCCCUCCCCUUCGUUGUGGAUGCACAGAGCGGUGAGGUCCAUCUGACGCGGCCGCUACCGCCUUCUAGCCAGGAUUUCGAAUUCUUCGUGGAUGCCUGCGAUCAGCCUGAGGAGGGCCGGCCUCUCUGCUCCGAACCCGUCGGCGUAACCAUUCAUCUCACGCUCCAGAAACUCCCCUGGCGACUGAAUCUCUCCUGUAGCUCGAUUCCUAUUGCUGAAAUUGGUUACGAUCCGAACGAGCCCAUUGCUGGCUGCAAAAUAAACUCUGAAGCAGAGAGACAGGGUGGGACCUGGUCGUUAUUGGGCACCACCGCCUCCCUGAGCGCCUUCGCAAUCGAUGGAGCUACAGGCGCAAUCCGCGCAACACGCGAUCUCGACUACGAAGCGCAGCCCUCACAUGAUAUUCUCGUGCAGUAUCGUAUUGCUCCUACCGACCACGGCCUUUCGGUGCCUGUGGUUGCCGUUACUCGCGUCACCAUAAAAGUCGAGGACGUGAAUGACUGCACGCCUAGUUUCCAGACGGAUUCAGAAUCACGGAUUAGUAUACCGGAAAACCUCCCUUCAGGGCGUCGCAUUUACCAAAUGCUCGCUCACGAUUGCGACGCCGCGGAUGAAGGUCUUCUUUCCUACUCACUUCGGCGAAAAUCUGAUUUCGUUUCAGACUUCUCUUCGCUUCCAUUCUUAAUUGAUUCUAGUGGCUGGAUAACAGUAGCGGGACCGAUUGAUGGGGAAACCGUGGCAUCGUACGAACUUGCGGUCACAGUUGUGGAUACAUCACGUCACACAUCGGUUGCCUACCUCACCGUUGAUGUGAUAGAUCUAAACGACACUCCACCAGAAUGGAAGCUCAUAGAAAAUUCCACUGAUGAUCCACCGUCUGUUGAAAUACAUGUUCCAGAAAAUUAUCUUCCAACUGAUCCAAUUUUUACCUUCUCAAUUGUGGAUAAGGAUACUAGCUCUAAUGAUGCUCUUUUGAAAUUUUAUCAAAUCGGGGAAUCAGUACAAGAGUUCACCAUUUCAUCCAGCGGUAAUGUCUAUAUUCGCAGGCCGCUGGAUGCUGAGUCGACGCAAACUCACAUAUUGCAAGUGAAGGCAUUUGAUGGAUUACAUGAAACCUCUCAUCCCUUCACACUAAUAAUCCAUGUGGAUGACGUAAAUGAUAAUUCGCCCAUCUGCCAUAACCCUGAUCGUGUGGUGGACGUGCCGGAGUCGGCAUCGAACGGAACAGUGCUCUUUCGCCUCAGCGCAACAGAUGCAGACGUGCUGGAAGAGCACUCUUCCCUCAAUUACCGCUUGGUUGAGGAUCAGACUAACGUGGACACCUUCAGGGUGGACAAUAAGACCGGCGAUGUUACGCUUGCCUGGGAGCUGGACUACGAGGUGAGGAAGUCCUACUUCUUCCGGGUCGAGGCUAGAGAUAGAGGUGACCACUUCUGUCAUUACAACCUCCAAGUCCACGUAUUGGAUGUCAAUGACAACCCACCUGUCUUCGACCACCCCGUUGAGAUCGCCUCUGUCCCUGAGAAUGCGCCUAUCGGUAGUUUGGUUGGUAAAGUCCACGCCACCGAUGUCGAUUCUGUGGACGCGAACGGGCUGGAAUACAGUAUAUUGUGGCCCCGAAACAGGAGUUUUUCGGUGGAUAGACACUCGGGUCUGCUUCGUGUGGUUCAGCUGCUGGACCGAGAGAGUCUUGCAGUGCAUCGUUUUGUCGUCCUCGUGACAGACGGAGGAGGAUUGUCGCGCGUCCACUCGACCACAACAAGUGUGGAGGUGCGUUUGGUGGAUGUAAAUGACAAUCCACCCCGCUUCCUCGAGCCUCGGCCCACUGCCAGCAUCUCCGAAGUCAGUCCUACAGGCACCCUUAUCAUGCGUCUUACUGCCGUCUCCCUUGACGAGGGAGACAACGCUAUCGUACACUACCGUCUUCUUGAGACCGACACUCCUGAAUUCUCUCUCAACGCCACCACCGGUGAGCUCUAUUUGACAAAUUCUCUGGACUACGAACAUACACCACGCUACUUCUUGACAAUCGAGGCGAGGGACGGAGGCACGCCGCCACUCAGUGCCACAACCGUCGCGACCAUCAAUGUAAUUGACGUCAAUGACAAUCCACCUUACUUCAUUGGACAGGAUGCGUUGCCAACGUCGGUUAAUGAUAUCGUUACCUCUACGCAGGAGCCCGAUAUUGGCGUCUUUUCCUUUGAGGUCUAUGAAAAUAGCCCCGUCGGAACGCAGAUUGGCCGUAUAACGGCAAGUGACCCUGACUCGGGUGAGAACGGUCGUCUCUCAUUCGCUCUAUGCGAACCGACGCGGCCGCCCGAGACGGUGGUAUCGCCGAGAUUACGGCAUGUCGGCGCCGGCCUCGUCUCAGCUGCUGCACCCAAGUUGGCGGUCGGGCGCCUCUUCGAGGUGGGCGAAGCGAGAGGUGAGAUUUUUCUGCUCUUCAGCCCUGACCGCGAAGAAGCCUCUCUCUACGGUUUCUCUGUUUGUGUCUCCGACCACGGUCAGCCCACCCUCUCGGCUGUCACCCGCGUUAGUGUCUCCAUCCGUGACACCAACGACUGCCAACCUCAAUUCGAACGCGCCAAUUAUGAAUUCUAUGUCCGAGUGGAUCGCAAUGGAAAUGUUGUAUCAACUAGUCAAUCAGAGAGUCUGGACAAUGCGUCGCAUGUAGAAGGCUCAGAAAUUCUUUUGGGGCACAUGGCAGUGCGGGACUGGGAUGCGGCUCCGAACGCGGGCCCAUUCAGGUGCAAACUCACGGGCCUCGUCGCUUCGCCUUCGAUUGCCUGGGACAUCUCCAUGCCCCCCUUCUCAGUGCGCGCCCACUCCGUCCUCCCCACCAAUACCGCUGUCUCCACCCACCUCGUUGACUCCUCCUUCUUCCGGGGCCUCGAAACUAACCAGACGGGCUUUUGCUCUCUCUAUGCCGCCUCAACACUCCCAUUGGGAAGUAAAAGUGUGGUAGUCCGUGCCCACGACAAUGGAAUGACCGUGCUUCACUCGUCAGUGACAAUCACAGUUCACGUCUCUCGUCAGUCCAACCUUCCUCCUGAGAUCGUCAGUUCAAACACAACUCUUGUGGUUUUCCGGGACAGCUCUGGGGCCUCUGCUUUUUCCUUGAAAAGUCGCUUCGACCUUGACAACUCCAUGAUAGCUACGAAGUUGCCGAAGGCGCAGGAUCCUCCGCUGAUGCGGGUGGUCGUUCGCGAUCGUACUGCUUAUGAUCAGCUCUUCUUUGAACUCCUCACCGAACCCUCGACUGCUCAAUUUGUCAUAGACCAGUACGAUGGAAGUAUCCAUGUAAAAUCCACCACAUCAAGAACGAUCAAAUCCACUGUCCCCUCCGCACCUCAGAAAGAUCCGUCACUUGUAUGGCUGGAACCUGUGCUGCCGAAACUACCGCUCAUGGCUCAACUCAACUCUGGCGAAUAUCGUCUUCGAGUCAGAGUUACAAAUGGCUCAUUAAGUUCCAAUAAUACCAUGUUCCUGAAGGUUAUAACUGUGACGGAAGAGAUGUUAGAGUCCGCCUGUGUGCUCCAUGUUGCCGACCUCUCACCAAACGAGUUGUUUCUCCUUCACCUUGGCGAGGCGAUCCAGCAGGAGUUGGCCCGGACGCUUCUCAGUUUCUCUGUCACUGGUGGUGUCGACCUAUCCGACAACGUUUUCAUUAUCUCCGCCCGGUCCUCUACUGCCUUUCUGCACAGGGAAAGAAGGAGUAUUGGUGGCGGAGCGGAUCUUCUGAUAGCUGUCUACGAUCCUCGCGAGAGGCGGUUCAUCGAGUCCAACCGUUUGGUUCACCAGAUCCAUGGCUUGCAGGGAAACCUCUCCAGAGCUAUUGGCCACCGAAUCCAUGCCUACAACAGUCUCUGUGCACAAAAGAAAUGCGACUCGGGAAGUUGCGCGACGCGGGUGGUACUGGAGGCGCAGACGGAGGGGCUGAGUGUAUUGGAGGUGCACGGCGCGAGUCGGGUGAGUCCGCGUUUCUCGCUAGUGGCGCGGUGCCGGUGCACGACUGAUUUCGGAGGCUCAUACUGUGAGCGUCCACGCAACGUUUGCGCCACUACUGUGUGCUCCGCGCCGCGCAUCUGUGUGCCCUCGCCUCGCUCGCCACGCACCCAUUAUGCCUGUCUCUGCCCCCUCCCCUGGACCGGUUCCAACUGCGACCGCCUUCUCCGACUGCCCCCCGACUCCUCUGAGGCCUGCUUCUCUGAAGCCUGCUUCCUCCAGAGAGAGAAAGGGCCACUACAGUUCACGGGAGGGAGUUUUGCCCACUGGCAAGUAGGGAAUCCGAACGAGCACAGAAUCGAAAUCGUGUUCUCCAUCCGCACCCGCCAGCAUAGUGGGCCGCUCUUUUCCGUUGGCUGGAGUGCUCUGCGCGCUCUACGCAUUCACUUAGUCAAUAACGGCAACUUGGCCGUCUCGCUGGUCGACUUUGCCAAAGGAAUGUCCACAAGCGAUUGGCUCAUCUCCAGUCACCUGGAGCUGAGUGACGGUCAGUGGCACCGCGUGCGGUUCGUCCUCUUUGCCAGUAUCAUCGAUUCAUCCGACCUUAGAUGGUGGGUCCAGCUAACGAUUGACGGCAUACAUGUUCAUUCUAAAGUUAUUGAUUGGGUUCCUGGUGACACGAAAAGACAGGACAUCCUGCUCGGUGCCGAAUUGGUCCACGGAUUCCGGCCCCUUGCUGAGGUCUUUUAUCCAAAGGAAUGGGUAGCAACACUAUCUAAGGAAACUCAGGAUCCCGAAUGGCCACAAUUUAAUUACUCUGCUCCUCCUCCCAUUUUGCGCUCCGGAUUUGUGGGUUGUAUAAGGGACAUUCUCAUCAAUCGCGUUAAGCCACCCUACCAAGCAGGCUUUACUUCCCAGCAGGCGGUACUCUCAGCACUGCAGAAUCACAAGUUGUCCAUAGGUGCUUCCGGGGAAGAGAACCAGGAAGUCACUGGCCUGCCAGUGCUGCAGGUGAUUCGAAUCCACAACCUGGAGUACUAUUGCUCGGCACAGGCGACGUACGAGAGUUCCUGCGCCUAUGCGCCCUGUCUUAACGGAGGUGUGUGUGUCUCGAGGCGUACCCUUGCCUUCUCUCAACUCGGUAGAGGCCCCGCGGCUGUCCACUCCACUGACUUCAACUGCUCUUGCCAGCCUGGCUUCGUGGGCUCCCUUUGUGAGAAGGUCGCUGACCCCUGCCUUCUCCAACCUUGUCUCAACGGUGCCAAGUUCGUCCUGAUUUCUCUUGUGGUGCUGUCUUCAACAUUACUAAUUAAUGUGUUAGAAUGUUAG